AUGUCGGGAGAACGGGAGAUGCCUUACUAUGGGUACCGCGAGGGGGGGUCGGACUCGAGUGGGGGUUGUUCGGAUUCAGACGGAGGAGAAUCGGACUCAGAGGGUGGGUUAAGCACUGAGAGUACGGGGGGUCAUGGCCUACCGUACCCUGGCUUUACUCCUGUAGCCCUUAUAUAUUUAACACAGGACACGCGCCCUAGGAGUUGGUGCCUCAAACUCAUCACGAAUCCAUGGUUCGAGAGGAUAUCGAUGCUCGUGAUCUUUCUAAACUGUGUCACCCUGGGCAUGUACCAGCCCUGUGUGGACGAUGCGUGCGUCACUAACAGAUGUAAGAUAUUACAGGUAUUCGAUGAUAUAAUAUUUGCCUUCUUCACCUUGGAAAUGACGAUCAAGAUGGUGGCCAUGGGAGUGAAUGGACAUGGCACUUACCUCGCCGACUCAUGGAAUAGGCUAGAUUUUUUUAUUGUUAUGGCAGGGGCACUAGAAUACGCUUUGAACGUAAAAAACAUAAAUCUAUCGGCCAUCAGGACGUUCCGAGUACUAAGACCCUUGAGAGCUAUCAAUAGGAUACCUAGCAUGCGUAUCCUAGUGAUGCUUCUCCUAGACACGUUACCAAUGUUGGGAAAUGUUCUACUAUUAUGUUUCUUCGUUUUCUUCAUAUUCGGUAUCGUUGGUGUUCAACUGUGGGAAGGAAUUCUAAGACAACGAUGCGAACUGGUUCUGCCACCAAACGUACUGCGACCCAACAUAUCAUUCUACUACGAGUUCUCAAAAGAACUGGAUUAUAUUUGCACCACGCCAGAGGACAGUGGGAUGCAUCAGUGUGGAAACUUCCCUCCUUAUCGAUAUGGGCCUCUCGUGUGCAAUGAAAGCGCAAGGCCAUUUUCAUACAACUACCCGACUAAUACCUCUUGCGUUGAUUGGAACCAGUAUUAUACCAACUGCACUCAAAGAGGCUCCAAUCCUUUCCAAGGCACGAUAUCUUUCGACAAUAUUGGCCUUGCGUGGGUGGCGAUUUUUCUGGUUAUAUCCCUGGAAGGUUGGACAGACAUCAUGUACUACGUACAAGAUGCUCACAGCUUUUGGGACUGGAUUUAUUUUGUACUUCUAAUUGUGAUUGGGUCAUUUUUCAUGAUCAACCUCUGCCUAGUCGUAAUAGCGACUCAAUUCAGUGAAACAAAGAAACGUGAAAUGGAAAGAAUGCGAGCUGAAAGGGCUCGUUUUACAUCAUCUUCGACUUUAGCUUCGUCGACUAACAAUAGUGAGCCAGCUACUUGCUACGCUGAAAUAGUCAAGUAUGUCGCGCAUUUGUGGAGACGGUUUAAACGAAGAAUGGCAAAAAAAAUCAGAGUUUACAAGUAUCAACGAGCACAACUAAAAUGGCGAACAAGUAAAGAAACACUUCAAUUACCGGCAAAUCGUCCUAAACAACACCACCCGUGUUGCCCUCGAGUACACCCACAGGGUAAUGGAAAAACUAUCGAAGAAGUGGGCGAUGAACCGCUCAGUAGACCAAGUUUACUGCGUGUACCAUCCCUUUCUGCAGCCGAUCUCGAGAAUGCAUCGAAUUUGUCUCUUUUAUCGCCUCCUUCGCUUGCACGGAGAAGAUCUUCAGUGAUGUUUAGCGACACAGUUUUACUUCACGUACCAAAUGCUCAACAUUUAGCACAUCCUCACAAUGUGUGCUCAUCUGAAAAGAUGACACAAACUGAAUUCGACCUGCCAGCAGGAGAAUCAGUAGAAGAGCGAGCAGGAGGAACAAUGUCAUGUCAAGAACUUCUAGCAUUAUCUGGAGCUUUGUCAGCUGCUUUACCAACGGGACAAGUCGCUUUAGAUUCAUUUUUCGAAGAACUUACAAAAGGCAUCAGCAAACGAGCUGGGGAAGAAAAAUUGGAAACUAAGAUUGUAGAAAUAGAUGACUUUUCAUGUUGCGCCGAAUUAAUUGCAGCGGAAGCAGCAGCUGCUGAAAAGAGAAAAAGCCGAUUUUCAAGUGCGUGCAUAUCACUUUGGCGUCAAAUAUCAAAGAUGUUGUCAAAACUAAGGAAACAUAUAAAAAUCAUUGUAAACCAUAAAUACUUUCAACAAGGUAUCUUGCUCGCUAUUUUAAUAAAUACAUUAUCAAUGGGAAUAGAAUAUCAUAAUCAACCUGAAGAAUUGACUGUAAUCGUUGAAAUUAGCAACGUUGUUUUUUCCGCCAUAUUUGCUGUUGAAAUGAUUCUUAAAAUCGUCGCCGAAGGACCAUUUAAGUAUAUUUCCAAUGGAUUUAAUGUAUUCGACGGUGUUAUUGUUAUAUUAAGUGCAUUUGAAUUAGCACAUAGCAUGGGUAAUGAACAUGACUUGGCCGGAAGCUCUGGACUGUCAGUACUGCGCACUUUUCGACUCUUACGCAUACUGAAGUUGGUUCGAUUUAUGCCUAAUUUAAGACGACAGCUCUUCGUCAUGCUAAGAACAAUGGACAACGUUGCUGUAUUCUUUUCCCUUCUUGUCCUUUUCAUUUUUAUAUUCAGCAUCCUCGGUAUGAAUCUCUUCGGGUGCAAAUUCUGCAACAAAGAUGAGGAGGGCGAUCUAGAGUGCGACAGAAAAAACUUUGAUACGCUAUUGUGGGCCUUUGUCACGGUGUUUCAGGUUUUAACUCAGGAAGACUGGAAUGUUGUUUUAUUUAACGGUAUGGAAAAAACGAGUCAUUGGGCCGCGUUAUAUUUUGUGGCAUUAAUGACUUUUGGCAAUUACGUAUUGUUCAACCUGCUCGUAGCCAUUCUUGUAGAAGGAUUCAGCUCAGAGAGAAACGAAAGAAGAGAGCGUGAACAGCGCGAAUUGGCAAAAUCCAAAUUGUCCAGUGAAUGCUUUUCUGACAAUCAUGAAUUACAAUAUGAUGAAUCUAAUUCAGGAUCGCAUUCUAGUGACAGCUUUUCUCAACAGAAUGAAAUAAAAAACUUCUGGAAGUCGGCAGAUGACGUUAGCAAAGCCAAAGAUGACAUAAACGGUCAUAAAGAAAAAGCGAUAAAGGGACGUCGUAAAACAAAAUCAUCAACUCAUCAUCCGUCGCUAUGCAAAGAUUGUGCUCAGUCAAAUAAAUGCAAUAUACAAAAGGAAUCUAAAAUGUUAGCAUCUAGUACUGGUGCUACAAUCGAGAACAAUAGUACAGUAGUGCCAAUGAUAACUCAUACUGCUGCUACACCACAAGAUUCACCAUCUACGACUUUAGAGCCUGGUGCUACGUUCAGAGAUUUUAAUGUAGCUUUGACAUUAGAAAAAUCUACAAUGCUUUCAAGCUUAGACUCCAUAGAUCGGACUUCUUGCGCUAGCAUACCAGGCUUAUUAAAACCUCCAAACAGUUAUACACUCACACUUCAUUCAGCGGCAGCUCAGUUAGGAGCUGAAAAAGCUAGACUUCCCCCAAUGACCUUAGCUCCUCCUCCUUUAACCUUAGCUCCCCCACCUUCAAGAUCUACAUCUCCUGGAUCAACACCGACCACGCCGAGGUCAAUGCCCUCACCGAUGGUACCAGAAAAAAAUUUGCAAGUCACUAUCGCUAAGGAUGAUAAUUGUCUUAAUGUUAGCGACAAAUCCAGUUUGCUCAGUUCUCAAAAAAGUCUCACAGUAACAACUCCAAUCAUAAACGGAGAUGAUAAAUGCAGAGUACAACGUGGGUACAGUUGGCGCCUGUCUAGACCCAGCCUUCGAAGGAGCAAAAAACAAAGGACAGGGUCAGAUUCAGAUGCUGUAGUGUUAAAUAAUGGAAGAGAUCAUAUUGCGUGUAAUGGUUCAAAUCUACGAAAGAAUGAAUUACUUUUAUCGUCAUCUAUGGUGAUAAAAAACGACACUCAGUCAGAGCUUCCAAAUAACAGAUCGAAAGGACAGUUGCCGGCUUCAAGAGUUUUAGCACCACCAGCGAGAAGAGUUUCAGCUCAUACUACACCUAUAUUACCAGAUGUUUCAUGGAAAGCUCCUGAAGCUGGUUUCUCAUCGGAUUCUACAGUAAGACUAGAUACUAAAGCCCCUCCACAUAGACUAUCUCUCACAAAUGAUUAUCUAACAGUGACUACGGUAUCAGAGGUAAAGACCAGUAAUUUGACACCUUCCACCCCGCAAUUAGCGCAAAUACCAUCGCGGCCACCAAGAAAUGAUUCCAUAAGAUCAAAUAACCAAGGUUUACCAUUAAUUAAACAAAUUAACGAAGAGGUGGUGACCAUAAACCACAAUAUUUGUAUUUUCUCGUCGCGAUUCGAUAGGCGACAGUUCAGAUUUAAGGACCUUUUUCGAUUUAUGGAGCCGACGGGGUGUCUUAAGGAGAAGGAAGAUUAUUCUCUGUACAUAUUUGCUCCAGAUAACAAAAUAAGGAGGCUAUGUACGUGGAUGGUAACCCGAGGUUGGUUCGACAAUAUCGUGUUAUUAUUCAUUGCAUUAAACUGCAUAACACUGGCCAUGGAACGACCCAACAUUCCACCAGAUUCUAAAGAAAGAGCUUUUCUAUCUAGUGCCAAUUAUGUCUUUACUGUAGUUUUCGCUGUUGAGAUGUUUAUAAAGGUGGUAGCAUCUGGAAUGUUCUACGGAUCAGAAGCAUAUUUCACAUCGGGAUGGAACAUAAUGGAUGGUUCCCUCGUUAUAAUAUCAAUUAUAGACUUACUAAUGUCUUUAGUAUCCGAAUCGAGUCCGAGAAUAUUUGGAAUUUUAAGGGUAUUUAGAUUAUUACGGUCUUUAAGACCUCUAAGAGUUAUUAACAGGGCUCCAGGUUUAAAAUUAGUCGUACAAACACUUUUAUCAUCUCUUAGGCCCAUCGGUAAUAUCGUACUCAUAUGUUGUACGUUUUUUAUCAUAUUUGGCAUAUUAGGAGUACAGUUAUUCAAAGGAGCUUUUUUCUAUUGUGAGGGAGCAAAUAUUAAAACAGUUAAGAAUAAGUCCGAUUGUCUUGCAAUUGAAGGAAAUGUAUGGGUGAAUAGAAAAUAUAAUUUUGAUGAUUUAGGAAAAGCUUUAAUGUCCUUGUUCGUUCUAAGUUCAAGGGAUGGUUGGGUUAACAUCAUGUACACUGGACUAGAUGCUGUAGGAGUUGAUCAACAGCCAAUAGUAAACUACUCUGAAUGGCGACUCCUAUAUUUCAUUGCAUUUAUACUAUUAGUGGGAUUCUUCGUUUUGAAUAUGUUUGUGGGAGUCGUGGUGGAGAACUUUCAUAGAUGUAGGGAGGAGCAAGAAAAAGAAGAGAGAGUCAGGAGAGCAGCUAAACGAGCUCUACAAAUGGAGAAAAAAAGACGAAAAAUGCAUCAAAGACCUUAUUAUGCAGAUUAUUCACAAACUCGACUAUUUGUGCAUAACGUUGUAACAUCCAAAUAUUUCGACUUGGCAAUUGCUGGAGUCAUCGGCUUGAAUGUCGUUACAAUGGCUAUAGAAUAUUAUAGAAUGCCACCAGCAUUACAAUAUGCAUUGAAAAUAUUUAACUAUUUCUUCACCGCAGUUUUCAUUCUUGAAGCGGUCAUGAAACUCGUUGCGCUUGGGUUUAAAAUUUACCUAAAAGAUAAAUGGAAUCAACUCGAUGUUAUAAUUGUUAUACUAUCGAUAGUUGGAAUAGUUUUGGAAGAACUAGAAACUAAUAUAAUACCAAUUAACCCGACAAUAAUGAGGGUAAUGCGAGUUUUGAGGAUUGCAAGAGUACUUAAAUUAUUAAAAAUGGCAAAAGGAAUAAGAGCAUUACUAGAUACAGUAAUGCAAGCUUUGCCUCAAGUGGGCAAUUUGGGACUCUUAUUUUUUUUACUUUUCUUCAUAUUUGCAGCUUUAGGAGUAGAAUUAUUUGGUCGUCUUGAGUGUUCUGAUGAAAUUCCAUGUCAAGGUCUCGGUGAACACGCUCAUUUCGCAAACUUUGGAAUGGCAUUCUUAACAUUAUUUCGAGUGGCCACAGGAGACAAUUGGAAUGGUAUCAUGAAAGAUACUCUGCGAGAAGAUUGUGAUAGUUCUGUAGAUUGCGUGCGCAACUGUUGCGUAUCAACUAUCAUCGCACCAAUAUUCUUCGUUGUUUUUGUACUAAUGGCACAGUUUGUGUUGGUCAACGUCGUAGUGGCGGUACUUAUGAAACACCUUGAAGAAUCUCACAAGCAAAUGGAAGAUGAAAUCGAUAUGGACGUUGAAUUAGAGCGUGAACUAGAGCGUGAAGCAGAUGAUGAAGAAGAUCGAGCACUUUGCCGAGCGUUAGAACAAUGCACAUCUCCUCGUCCUUUAAACAAGGAUUCAACUGAGACCCCGACAGCUUUAUAUGAAGAAGAUGCAAGAUUUAUUGAUGCCGAUGACAUCGAUGAAUUAGAACCCACAAGCCCGAGAAGAGAUUCCUUUGCCCAAAACAGAAGACAAAGAGCCGAUAAAAGAAAUUCUCUUCGUGGGGAAGAAACACGAUUGUUGCGUCCAGCACCAGUACUACUUUCAGUUCCUACAACAAGACAAAGUAUUAAACGUUCAAAACGAAGAUUGUCCACAGAAUCUGCAGUAACGAAUGAUCAAGUUUCUUUGAAAUCUCCAUUACCAGAAGAACAACCAAUAACUGAAGAAGAGAAAAUAAGGAUUGUUAUAGCAGAAAGAAGAAAAAUUGAUACAAAAACAGAAGAUGUGGAGUUAUUCGAACGCGGUUCC